UGGUAAGCCCUGGUGGUCAGAGGACAUGCCCAUGACCCGCCAUUGGCCCUGGGAGGUGAGCCUACAGAUGGAGAGUGAGCACGUGUGUGGAGGGGCCCUCAUUGACUUCAGCUGGGUGGUGACUGCUGCCCACUGCAUCCAAGGCACCAAGGAGUAUUCGGUAAUGCUUGGCACGUCCAAGCUGCAUCCUGUGAAUGUCACCAGGGCCCUCUGGAUCCCCGUGAAGGACAUUAUUAUGCACCCCAAGUACUGGGGCCAGACCUUCUUCAUAGGUGAUGUUGCCCUUCUCCAGCUUCACACGGCUGUCACCUUCAGCAACUAUGUGCAGCCCAUCUGUCUCCCUGAACCCAACUUCAACCUGAAGGUUGGGACGCCGUGCUGGGUGACUGGUUGGAGCCAGGUUAAACAGCGCUUUUCACCCAACUCCCCGCUGACCCCAGAGCUGCAGGAGGCAGAGGUGUUUAUCAUGGACAACAAGAGGUGUGACCGGAUUUACCACAGGAAGUCUAUCUUCCCCCGAAUUUUCCCCCUUGUCCUGGGGAACAUGAUCUGUGCCACCAACUAUGGAGAAAACUUGUGCAAUGGAGAUGCUGGGGGACCAUUGGCUUGCGAAGUUGAGGGCAGAUGGAUUCUGGCUGGGGUAUUAUCCUGGGAAAAGGCCUGCGCAAGAGCAGAGAAUCCAGGCGUGUACACCCGUGUCACCAAAUACACCAAAUGGAUCAAGAAGCAAAUGAGCAGUGGCGCUCUCACAGGUCUCUGCCCUGCCACCUGGCUCCUAUUCCUGGGUUGGCUGCUGCACUCCCAGAUGAGCCCCUGACAUCUCCACCCCUUUCUCUUCCUGCUUUCCCUUUGCUGAAUGCGACCAGAUGGAGAUUUGAGCAAGGUCAUGUAUCCAUAUUCAACAAGAGUCAGGCUGAGGAAGAGUGGUCCCUGUGAGACUGGGUAUGGCUUUGGCAUCCCAGUGGCGAGAAGUGUGAUAGUGACCAGGGAAAGGGAAUUCUGGCCUGGAAGGGUUCUGGAAUCUGGGACCAGGAUAGCAGGGAUUAAACUUGUGCA